AUGUUUUUAAACGGCGUCAGAGAGAGGGCCUGACAAGCACGCAGCAGCAGAAGCACCGCUUUCGGCUCUCGAAUUGCACCCGGUCGCAAGCCGAGCCCAGAGGGAGAGUGACGGGCAAAGGGCAUCGCCGGCGAAGAUGAUCAUCCCCGUCCGCUGCUUCACCUGCGGCAAGGUGAUUGGAAACAAGUGGGAUCAGUAUCUCGAUCUCCUCCAGGCUGAUUAUCCGGAAGGAGAUGCUCUUGAUGCAUUGGGAUUGGUCAGGUAUUGCUGUAGGCGAAUGCUGAUGACUCAUGUUGACCUCAUUGAGAAGCUUUUGAACUACAACACCUUGGAGAAGUCCGAAACCAAUUGACUUGGAAUUACCGGUGAAGGUUGUUCUGCAGCAUGUGGCUUGUACUCUUGCGCUCGUGUGUGUCUGCCUAUAAAUGCUUUGGUAUCUUCUAAUUGAACGAUAUCUUGGCAACUAAUCUAUGAGAUGCCUUAGAACUUUUAGUUGAGAUAUAGAUGUGGUGUGGAUGUAUUCUGGACAGAGUUUUCAUAUGGUCUUUUGCUUUCUCCUAUUGUUCUUUGGAGUGACACUUGGUGUAUCACUUGGGUUAUUCCCCUUUUGUAUAAAUCCAGUAGACCAAAAGAUGUCCUCAUUUUGAUUUUUGUGUGGAAGCUUUAAAGUACCAAGAAGCAGAAUAUCGAGACACAAUUUGUGGCAUAAAUCAAUCAUCUAGAGAUUGCAGUCAUUA